AUGGGGGAGGCGCUUGCGCGCGGACUCGAGUGUAAAUUAGAAGUAAAAUUUUUUGCAAUUCUCAGCAUAUCGCUGGUAGCCAGCCAACUAGUUAACGCAGACGUUAGCCAUCUGUCCAACAACCAGUAUCUACCACCCAGUCAACAUGCACAUGUUUCAGCCGACACCGCUAUUGCGCCCUAUCAACCACCGGCUCAACAACAAGAAGAUCAACAGCAAUACCAACACCCGCCGAAGAGCUUCUUAUCCAACGGCGUUGAGAUUACCAGAUCAAUUCCCAUUGCUAGCUUUUCGCUAAGCAACACUGUGCCGGCUCAACAAACAAGCUAUGCUCAAGCUCCCGUUUACGCUCCUGCGCAAUCACAUGCUCAAAGUGGGGCUGGCUCUUUCAACUAUCAAGCGCCACAAAGCAAUUAUCAGGCACCACAUAGUAACUAUCAGCCACAACCACAACAACAGUCAGGACUUCAACAAUCUGCUGGACAACAAAAUGAUGGCUCUUUCAACUACGGCUCGCCUGCACCAGCACCACUUCCAGCACCGGCUCCAGUACAGCAAUCUUACGCUGCCCCUGCACCGACACCAGCUCUUGCUCGAGCACCAGCCCAACAACAUGAUGGAUCUUACAACUACGGCUCACCUGCAGAAGCACCAGUACCAGCGUCGAUACCAACUCCAGUACAGCAAUCUUAUACCGCCCCUGCUUCAGCUCCCGCCCCUCAACAAACAUAUGCCGCACCAGCUCCAAUAGAGCAAAACUAUGCUGCCCCUGCUCCAGCUCUUCAAUAUAGUUCCGGACAACAAAAUGAUGGAUCUUAUAACUACGGUUCUCCAGCACCAGCACCCGAACACCAAUCACAUGCAUCGCCAGCACCAGCUCCUGUGCACCAAGCACAGUUGUCGCGCCCCUCAUAUUCUUCAGGCGGACAGCAAAAUGAUGGUUCUUACAGUUAUGGUGGCCCAACACCAGUAGCAACACCUAUUCAAAAUUAUGAGUCACCAGCUCACUCUGCAGCACCAAGCCCAUCUUAUUCUGGUGGAGAUCAACAAAGCUAUUCGGCACCACCCCAACAAUCUUAUUCAGCACCAGCGGCACCUUCGAACGAAUACAUUCCACCAGCUUCAGCCCCUGACCCAGCUCCAGCAUCGUCUCCUUUACCUGCCCCUGCACCACAGUCAUUCUCUUCCCCAGCUCCAGCCCCUCAAGUAUCCAACGAAUACUUACCUCCAGCUCCACAGCCCGGUAGCUACAACCCCCCACCACAGCAAUCUUAUGCUGCACCUGUUCAGCAAUCUUACUCUGAACAGAACAAGCCACCGGCCCCACAAGUUUCAAACGAAUACCUUCCACCUGCAUCAGUACCAGCCUCAGCACCAGCACCACAAACUUAUUCAGCUCCACAAGAGGAAGGUCCAAGAGAGACGGUGCAUGAACAUGGACACAAUCAAUCUGGUGGAGAUAAUUUAAGUCAAUCUGUGGUACAAACUUCCUCAGGUUAUCAGGGCGAAAGUGUUGCUGCAGUUCCAACUCCAAACCAGCAGUCUUACGAAUCUCCAGCUGCAGCCCCUGCUCCUGAGUAUUCACCACCCCAACAAUCUUACUCGGCUCCGCCUCAGCAAUCUUAUUCAGCUCCGGCUCAACAGUCUUACUCGGCUCCGGCUCAGCAGUCUUACUCGGCUCCAGCUCAACAAUCGUACUCGGCACCAGCUCAACAGUCUUACUCGGCUCCAGCUCAACAAUCGUACUCGGCUCCAGCUCAACAAUCGUACUCGGCGCCAGCUCAACAGUCAUACUCGCCUCCAGCUCAACCGUCCUACUCGGCUCCUGCUCCAGCGCCAGUAAAUAAGCAAUACUUACCUCCUGCACCCGAAAAACUACCGCUUUUUACACCAGCACAGGGUAACCAAGAUUAUUCCUCUCCUUCGCAAGGCCCUGUUCAACAAUCACACUCGACGCCAGCACAAGAGUCUUACUCUGCCCCAGCUCCAGCUCCUGUUAGCAAUGAAUACCUCCCACCAGCUCCAGUGAAACAAGCUGUGUUAGCACCGGCACACGCUCCAGCUCCAGUUGGUCAUCAGACUUAUUCGGCGCCUGCACCAGCUCCGGCUCAACAACAAUCCCAUGCUGGUCCAGCCCAACCCGCAGUCAAUCAACAGCCUUAUACAGCUUCAUUCCCAGCUCCGGCACAACAGUCGUAUCCCUCUCCAGCUCCAGUUAACAAUGAAUAUCUACCACCGGCUUCUGCUCCAGCUGCCCCAUCUUACCAAGCACCAGCAGCUCCUUCUUAUUCUGCUCCCGCAAGCCCAUCUUACUCGACUCCCGCAGCCCCAUCUUACUCGGCUCCAGCAGCUCCAUCCUACUCGGCUCCUGCAGCCCCAUCUUACUCCGCACAGGCGGGUCCCUCGUACUCAGCUCCAGCAGCUCCUACCUACUCUGCUCCUGCUCCACAGUCUUACUCAGCACCAGCUCCGCAGUACCCUUCAGUUAACCAGGAAUACUUGCCACCAGCAACACAGAGCUAUUCAGCUCCAGCACCACCACCAGCUCCAGUCCUCAGUAACAGCCAUGGGGGUGGCGCUGUUUUGAGCCAAACCGUCGAGCAAACGUCCUCAGGCUACCAAUCAGGGAGUAAUUCUCAAAGCCAAGCGCCUCAAUACGAAACUGCCUCUGCUCCAGCAUUGGCUCCGCAAGCUGGUCCAAGCUUUCACGCCUCAUCGCAUGCAACGGCGCCGGAAGUCAGCAAUCAAGACUCUGGCACUGAAUACGCCAGCAAUGGCGGUUACGUUUACAGAAAAGUGAAAUAA